CCAACGUGGCUACUUGUAUUGGAAGCCUUGUUUACAUUUGUAAGUCUCUACAACUCUCGUGGUGGGUGGCCAACAGAAAUUUAUGGUUCUGUUUCCUUGUUAAACCUCUCUGUGUGUGUAUCCAUGUUUAGGGGAAGGCUCCUCUUUGCUGCUGGUUACAUAAGCCUUCUUGUUCAUGUUCUCUUUUGUGUAAAUUGUUGUAAUUCUUCUUCUUGUGGAGAUAUCCAUAACAUCCGUUUCCCCUUUCGACUCAAAUCCGACCCAGUUGAUAAUUGUGGAUACAAGAAUGUGGAACUUGAGUGCGAAAACAAUCGGACAGUAGUAUACUUGUUUUCUGGUAAAUACUACGUGCAGGCCAUCAACUACUAUGAAACUGGCUUCGGCACCAUCAGCCUGGUGGAUGUGGGGAUACAGAGGAAUAAUUGCUCUUCUCUUCCUCUUCAUUCUUUAACUCCUACUAAAUUUCCUAAAAUAGGAGGUCCCAUAGAUUACUAUAUUUAUCCAGAAUCAUUUGUAGCGUUAGUGAGUUGUGAAAAACCAGUGAAAUCUCCUCUCUACAUAGACACUACUAGUAAUAUUAGUACUGCUUUCUGUGAAAACAAAGGAGGACGAGGAGGAGGUGGAGAAGGAGGAGUCAGAGGUUCGUCAUCGUCGAAAAAGCAUACGUUCUGGUCGACUAUUCUCUUGAUUGGUCAGAUGUUGCAA